GGAGGUAUAUAUGCCAGACGUGCAGCCUAAAUACAUGAUCUGGACAAAUCUCCUCUUGUCCGGACCGCACUCCUUACCCUAUUUCAAGGCCUAACGCUGUAUACCCCACCCCCGCACUUAUCCCCCACUUCGCCUUGCGCUCCCCACCAGAUCAUGAUCUCUGUUGCUCAAUCCACUGCUGCGUCCACUAUGGAACCCCACGAUGACCACGACGCAUCUGUGGAACUGAACGAGCUCGGUACUGUCGACGACGCACUCGAAUUCCUGUCGAAAAUGGUUUCGAGCUCGGGAGGGGGGUCCGUCCGUCUACAUUGCACUGUCCCAACAUGGUGUUCGCCGUCGGAUACAUGCCUUGAUCUCCACGAUCUCCACGAUCUGAGAUCACGCGCCCUUUUGUUCAUCCACAAUCUGACAGAGUCAUUGCGUUCUUCUGGGAUACCGGCCUCAUAUCGACUAGCCCCUUGCAACUCAAAUCUCUGCCUCGUGUGCCCCAUAUCGUCGAAAUACGACCUCAACAAAGUCAAGACUGAUGCCUUCCGUGCGGUCCAGCAUGCCGGACACUUGGAAAGGGAAAAAGUCCUGCUCGCCGAUCUCGAACAUGGUCCCGCCCUUAUCAUUACAUGAAUCAUAUAGUCCGAUAUCUCGACCGCGCUGCUUGGGAGACCCAUAAUUUCUCCUAUCUAAUUUCUGCCCGUCUUCGCAUCGUAUCUGCAUCUAUACCUCUCUGUUCUCAUCAACCUGUAUCGAUAAUUUAGAUAUUUCUGGCUCUGGAUUGUGGAAUAUAUGCUUGUGGAGGUUUUACUGUCACCCGCCUCUUAGCAAAGAACCCUCC